CGAGUGCGUGUUAUUUGUCGGGGCUUUAAAUUAGGCCACUUUCCAUCAACCACGGUCACAUUCACAUUACCUCAAACUUUUUGUGUCUGUUAUCUGCUCGACGUAUUCACUAUUGACUGGAGAAUAGAUUCCAAUUGCUGCUCCAUUGGGAGCUCUUCAAGCUUUUGGCUGCACAAAUCUUGUUCGUUCUUCUUCUCAUGAUCAAGUUUUUCUUUUGCUUGAAAUAACAUUAUUUCCUUCUGUUUUUUAAUUAUCAUCAUGCCCAUCACCAAGUAUUGGCCUUCGCUCUCUUCCUCUAAUGCUGAUUAGCUCAGACUGAAACGCAUUGAAUGCUUUAUUAAAUUGCGCCGAAUUGAUUUCAUCUUCAUGUUCAUCGCCCAGCUUCUGUCUACCAGACCUUCCACCUCUCUUUUUCUGUGAAAAAUGUUUUAAAUGCUGUAAUUAUUUCACUUUCUUCGUUAUCUGGACAAUCACCCUUUAAUGAAAACACCGGUUUUUGCCAUUAAUUCCUUGCUGUCUUUGAUACCCCACCUCCUCUAAUCCUCUCUCUUUAGACCCACCAUUUUUAAAGAAAGCUUUUUCGUAACGUUUUUGAACCCAAUACAAUAUCCUUCAAUCUUUGUUCUUUCAAACACAUGACCAAGAGUAACAGUAGCAGCAACACCGCAUCUCCACAACACCACCAGGACACAAUGACCCACUUGGAUUUCUUUAAGAAAUUCAAACGCUUGAACCCGCUUGAGCCCUCUCUUGGCAUUAUUGGUUUCUUUCUGGUCACUCUCCUUUUCAUUGGCUGCUUCUUCUACUUGGAUUACCGGUCUGUCACUCGUGGCCUGCGGUACCAUGGACUCUCUUUGCUGGGACUGGUUACUCCAUCUUCUUCAGCAGAAUUGGAUACUGAUAAUGGACGGCCAGGAUUUCUUGAUAAGCGCGGUGAUGGGUGUGAUAUUUUUUAUGGGAACUGGAUUUGGGACGAUAGUUAUCCAUUGUAUCAGAGUAAAGAUUGCUCCUUUAUGGAUGGCGGGUUUAGGUGUUUAGAGAAUGGAAGGCCUGAUAGUUUCUACACCAAGUGGCGUUGGCAACCCAAUCAAUGUGACUUGCCGAGAUUUGAUGCAAAGGUAAUGCUAGAAAAGCUAAGGAACAGGCGGCUUGUGUUUGUUGGGGAUUCAAUUGGAAGAAACCAAUGGCAGUCCCUCCUCUGUAUGCUUGCCACUGCUGUUCCUGACAAUUCUUCAAUAUACGAGGUGAAUGGGAGCCCAAUCACAAAGCAUAAAGGGUUUCUAGCGUUCAUGUUCAAGGACUAUAAUUGCACUGUUGAAUAUUACAGAGCUCCAUUUCUAAUGUACCAGGGCCGGCCUCCAGCCGGAGCCCCAAAAAAGGUGAAGAUGACUUUAAGAGUGGAUAAAUUGGAUUGGACUUCCCCACAGUGGAGAGAUGCAGAUGUGUUGAUUUUUAACUCUGGUCAUUGGUGGAAUUAUGAGAAGACCAUAAGAGGGGGUUGCUACUUCCAAGAGGGGGAGGAGGUAAAGAUGGAGAUGAGUGUUGAAACUGCAUAUCAAAGAUCACUUGAAACUUUGAUUGAUUGGAUACGUAGCAAAAUAAAUGUGAGCAAGACCCAAGUCCUCUUUCGAACCUAUGCUCCUGUUCAUUUCAGAGGUGGCGACUGGAAGACUGGUGGUAGCUGUCACUUGGAAAAGCUUCCAGACUUAGGCAUAUUGCCGAGUUCAUCAGACUACCAUUUCAAAAUACUUUUUGAUGAGUUAUUAAAGUAUUCAAAUGAAUCACAUGUGAUGAACUUAGUUUUAUUGAAUGUUACAAAUAUGUCUGAACGGAGAAAGGAUGGCCAUGCAUCUGUCUACUAUCUAGAGCCGGGCAUUGGCCCAGCCGCUCUCCAUCGCCAGGACUGCAGUCAUUGGUGCUUGCCUGGUGUCCCUGAUUCCUGGAAUGAGCUUCUUUAUGCACUUUUUCUCAAGCGGGAGUCUGUUCAUUCACAAAAAUUAACAGAAUCUUCUCAAUCUCCACUGUCAUUGGUAUAGAAAGCUUUUUGAUUUUUCCAAUAUGAUUAAAGGACUAAUAUGUAGACAAAAGGACACAGGUCCUUUACAUCAACCAGCAAAAUCAUCAUUUUGUAGAGUUGGUUUCUAUUUGGCUAAUCAUAGUUUGCCAUAACACCACUGGCAAAUAAUCAAGUUAUGGUAGUUUUAGUGAUGAUCUUCUGUCCCUCUAAUGUACCAUGAUUGUGAUCUGUCAGCAAGCAGAUGAGCCUAAUAGGCAUCAGGAGGACAGUGAGGGAAUCUUGGCAGCACAUAUUUGUAGUACAGAUGAAGCAAGUUUGACAGUCAAGAAAGGGUAUACACAAGCAUGUUUAUUCUUGUUACUCAGUUCAUUUCAUUGGAAAGGAGAAUUGAAAUAGAAACAAUGUUGAUUAUGACACUUUGUGCACUGUAUAUGUAAUAGCAAAUAGUGAAAUUUCAGAAGUAAAAUUUGCCCCUUUUUUUUGUGCA